UUGCCAACACAGCCAGGAGGCCAUCCACCGCUUCUCCAGUACUUGUCCGCUCUUAUUACACAGACAAAGCUCACAGAAGUCGAAUCUGUUGAGUUCUGCCGCAUUGUCAUCAACAUGGGCAAGGCCAACCUCAUCCAGAACUGGAUCAAGAACGACAGCCUCACACCAUCAGAGAACUUAGGUGAUGUUUGCAAGCAAGCUGAUCCAAUCACAGCCGCCGCCAUCUACAUCCGCGCUGGUGCACACGCAAAGGUCUGCGCCACAUUCGCUGAGAUGGGCUCAUUCGACAAGAUCGCACAGUACUGCCAGCAGUACAACUACACAUGCGACUGGCUCCAGAUCAUCACACUCAUCGCCCGCUCCAACCCAGAAGGACUUGCCCAGCUCCUCAAUUUCGUUGCUAACAACGGCCAACCACUUGUCAACGCCAUGCAAGUUGUCACAAUCCUUCAGCAGUUCUCCCUCUUCACACAGGCUGCUUCAUUUUUGGUAUCUGUUCUUGUCCAGAACCGUGAGGAAGAUUCCGAUCUCCAGACACUUCUCUUCGAGAUCACAUUGACCAACAUCCCACGUGUUGCUGAAGAACUCUUCGCCAAGGAAUGCUACACAUUCUACGACCGCCAGAAGGUUGCCAACCUCUGCGAACGUGCAGGCAACUUCCAGCGCGCUCUCGAGCACUACACAGACCUUCCAUCCAUCAAGCGCUGCAUCGUCAACACACAGUCAAUCAACCCAGACUUCUUAGUCCAGUACUUCGCAACAAUGGAUCCAAAGUGGGUCAUGGAGUGCCUCCAGGAACUUCUCACAAACAACCAGCAACAGAACGUCCAACUCGUCGUCAAGGUCGCUGGCACAUACUACGACAAGCUCGGCAUCGACACACUCCUUGCAUUGUUCAACAAGACAAAGGCUACACAGGCUAUCUACUACUUCUUAGCUCUUGUCGUUACAACAUGCACAGAUCCAGAUAUCCACUUCCGCUACAUCGAAGCUGCAACAAAGCUUCAGGACUACGGCGAAGUUGAGAGAAUGUGCCGUGAGUCAGAAUACCUCCAGCCAGAGCGUGUUCGUGACUUCCUCAUGCAGGCUGAUCUCCCAGACCGCGUCCCACUCAUCGUUCUCUGCAACAGAUUCGGAUUCGCUGAGGAUCUUACAAAGUACCUCUACAAGAAGAAUGCUUCCCGCGAACUCGAAAUCUACAUCCAGAAGUUCAACCCAGCCAUGGCCGGCCGUGUCAUCGGUGCCCUCAUCGAUAUCGAAGCACCACAGGAGUACAUCGUCAAGUUGAUCAACUCCGUCCAGCACACAGCACCAAUGGAGGAGCUCAUCAAGGAGACAAUGAAGCGCGAGAGACUGCGCCUUCUCCAACAGAUCCUCGAACAGCGCCAGGCUUCUGGUUCUGUCGAUCCAGCCACAAACAACGGUAUCGUUCUCCUCGCCUACAACAUGGGCCGCAACCCAGAACGCGCCCUCCGCGAGAACCAGUACUACGAUCCAAAGUUUGUCGGUGAGAUCCUUGCCAAGCGCGAUGCCCACCUCGCAUGCAUUGCCUACGCCAAGGGCCAGUGCGAUGACGAACUCAUCGAGCUCACAAACACACACCAGCUCUACAAGGAACAGGCCAGAUACCUCGUCAACAGACAGGAUGAGAACCUCUGGGCACGUGUUCUCAACCCAGAGAACCCACACAUGAAGUUGGUUGUCGAUGCUGUCAUUUCCACAGCUCUUCCAGAGUGCGAAGACCCAGACAAGGUCUCAAUGACAGUCAAGGCAUUCAUCACCGCCGACAUCCCAGCACAGCUCCUCGGCCUUCUCGAGAAAGUCGUCAUGGAGUCUCCACAGUUCAAGGAGAACGUUUCCCUCCAGAACUUGCUCAUCCUCACAGCUGCUCAGUCAGACACAACACGCGUCAUGAACUACGUCCAGCGCCUCAACCACUACACAUGGGAAAAGAUUGCUGAGAAGCUCAUCGACUUCCAGCUCUACGAUGAAACAAUCGCUGUCUACAAGAAGUACGAACAGCCAGUCCUCGCCGUCAAGGUCAUGCUCGACAACAAGGGCGAUCUCCAAGGCGCUGCUGACUGGGCCGCCCACUGCGACGAUCCAAACGUUUGGGGCGAAGUCGCUCGUGCUCAGCUCGCUGCCGGCGAAGUUGUCAACUCCAUCGAGUCCUUCAUCAAGUCAAAGGACACAAAGGAGUACUACGCCGUCAUCGAGGCCGCUGAGAAGGCUGAAGAGUACAAGGCUCUUGUUCCAUACCUUCAGCUCGCUCGCUCCAACCAGAUCGGUGAUCCAAUCAUCGAGACAGAGCUUCUCUUCGCUUACGCCAAGGUUGACAUGCUCGGCGAGUUAGAGGAACUCGUUUCUUCUCCAAACUCCGCCCGCACAAAGGAAAUCGCCGACCGCUGCUUCGAUCAACAGCUCUUCAAGGCCGCAAAGAUCUUGUACACAGCAGUCAAGGACUACGCCCGCCUCGCAGAGACACUCAUCGAACUCAAGGAACUCCAGGCCGCCAUCGACGCUGCACGCAAGGCAUCAUCCACAAAGUCAUGGAUGGCUGUACUCCGCGCUUGCAUCGAAAUCGGAGACUUCAAGCUCGCCCAGGUCGCUGGCUUACAGAUCGUCAUCGAAGCCGAUCACCUUCUUGAGGUCAUCAAGUUGUACGAAGACGGUGGCUACUUCACACAGGUCAUUGGCUUACUUGAAGCAGCUCUCGGCUUAGAGCGCGCACACGGCGGCAUCUUCACAGAGCUUGCCGUUCUCUACGCCAAGCACCAGCCAGAGAAGUGCAUGGACCACCUCAAGCAGUUCAACCAGCGCAUCGCCCUUUUCAAGGUCAUCAAGAUCCUCCAGGCCAUGCACAUGUGGAAGGAACUCACAUACGCCUACGACAAGUAUUCCGAGUUCGACAACGCCGUCACAACAAUCAUCGAGCACCCAUCUGCUGCAUGGACACACAACUACUUCAAGGAACUCGUCGCUCAGGUCUCCAACGCAGAUAUCCUCUACAGAUCACUCAACUUCUACCUCACAAUCUCUCCAAUGGAUAUCCCAGACUUGUUGCAGACAAUCGGUCCAAAGAUUGACUCAACAAGACUUGUCGACAUGUUCAAGCGCUCCAACAACCUCCAGCUCAUCAAGUCAUACCUCGCUUCCAUCCAGUCCACAAACGUCCAGGCUGUCAACGAGGCCCUCAACAGAAUGUACAUCGAGGACGGCGACUACGACUCACUCAGACGCUCAAUCGAUGCAUUCACACUCUUCGAACAGAUCACAUUGGCACGCGAGUUAGAGCACCACGAAUGCUUGGAAUUCCGCAGAAUCUCAUCCUACAUCUUCAGAAAGAACCAGAGAUGGAACGAGUCUAUCUCCAUCUCCAAGAAGGACGAGUUCUACAGAGAUGCAAUCGAGACAGCUGCUCAGUCCAAGGACACAAAGAUCGCCGAAGAUCUCAUCAAGUUCUUCCUCGAGAAGAAGCUCCUCGAGUGCUUCGCCGCUGCCACAUACGUCUGCUACGACCUCCUCUCAUCCGAUGUCAUCCUUGAACUCGCAUGGAGACACAACUGCACAGACUUCGCAAUGCCAUUCCUCAUCCAGUCAAUGAGAGACCAGAACGCUGCCAUCGCCAAGCUCCAGGCUGAUGUCCAGGCUCUCUCUGGCACAGUCGAGGAGACAAAGACAGUCGCUGCUGCAGCUGCUUCUGCAUCUGUCGCUCCACCAGCAUUCGACGGCGGAUUCCCAGACCAGGGCGCUUCAUUCGCUCAGUCAACUGAUCCAUUCGCUGCUUCCGGUGCUCCAGCUUCAUUCGCCCCACCACAACAGUUCGGAAACGCUUCAUUCGGUGGCCAGCCAGGAUUCGCUUCACAGGGUGGAUUCCAACCACAGUUCCAGGGUGGAUUCUAA